AGCAGGCUAUGGCCUGAUCAACUGAUUCCGUUUGGUAACAACUUGCCUUUGUUCAUUUCAACCAUUUAGAUUGAUCUUAUUCCACUCUCACAGACUCUCAUUCUCAUCCAUAUUCACAUUCAUACUCCCUUUUUCUUUCCUUCUCUCUUUCUCAUCGUUUUCCUUUUCCUCUUUUCUCCUUUCUAUCCAAGCUUCUUUUAAUCAUGUCUUCAGCAAAGUUGGCUGGCAUGUCUAACAAGGGUGUAACUGUCGUGCUUGGUGCUCAGUGGGGUGACGAAGGAAAGGGCAAACUUUCUGACAUCCUCUCCCAAGAAGCUGAUGUCUGUGCUCGUUGCCAGGGUGGCAACAAUGCUGGACAUACCAUUGUCGUUGGCAAGACCAAGUAUGACUUUCACAUGCUCCCUUCUGGCUUGAUCAACAAGAAUUGCACCAACAUUGUCGGCGCCGGUGUUGUCGUCCAUAUUCCCUCGUUCUUUGAGGAGCUUUCUAACCUUGAGAAGAAGGGCUUGGACUGCACUGGACGUAUCUUUGUUUCUGACAGAGCUCACCUUGUCUUCGACAUUCAUCAGAUCAUUGAUGGACUCAAGGAACUUGAAUUGGGACGUGGAAGCAUCGGAACUACCCGCAAGGGAAUUGGCCCAACCUAUUCAUCCAAAGCUUCGCGCUCUGGUCUCCGUAUACAUCAUUUGUACAAUUUCGAGGAGUUUGAGCAAAAAUUCCGUACCCUUGUUGCCAACAAGCAUAAGCGCUAUGGCCAGUUUGAGUAUGAUGUGGAGGCCGAAUUGGCGAGAUACAAGGCCUAUGCUGAGAAACUCAAGCCCUAUGUCAUUGACAGUGUCUACUACUUGAACAAGGCCAUCAAGGAUAAGAAGAAAGUCCUUGUUGAAGGAGCCAAUGCUCUCAUGCUUGAUCUGGACUGGGGUACUUAUCCUUAUGUCACUUCAUCCAACACCACGAUUGGAGGUGUCUGCACUGGUCUCGGAAUCCCUCCUCAGACGAUCAGCAAGACCAUUGGAGUUGUCAAAGCCUACACAACCCGUGUUGGUGGAGGACCAUUCCCUACUGAACAGUUGAAUGAGAUUGGAGAGUACCUUCAGUCUGUUGGCUUUGAGGUUGGUGUCACCACUGGUCGUAAGCGUCGCUGCGGAUGGUUGGAUAUGGUCGUUGUGAACUACUCAACUAUUAUCAACGGUUACACCUCAUUGAGCAUCUCCAAGCUGGAUGUCCUGGAUCAAUUGGAUGAAAUCAAGAUUGGUGUUGCCUACAAGGUAGACGGCAAGCUCUUGGAGGGAUUCCCUGCCAAUCUUAGUCUCCUUGAGAAUGUCGAGGUUAUCUAUGAGACUUUUCCAGGCUGGAAAACUGAUAUUUCCAAGUGCCGUCAAUUUGAGGAUCUCCCCGCGAACGCUCAAAAGUACAUUCGUCGCAUUGAGGAGAUCUGCGGUGUUCCUGUUGAGUGGAUUGGUGUUGGUGUUGACCGUGAUGAUAUGGUUGUUAUCCCACAGGCAUAAAGACCGUGAUCUCUUUUUCAAGAUCAUGCGAGUGCCCUUACAUCGAUUUGAGCGAAUAUGUUACAUAUACUAAAUAGCAAGAAUAGGCGCUCUUUGGUCUUUUAUUAUUGUUUAUGGUGGAUGGUAUAAUAUAGAACAUUUGUGCCGAAUAUAACAAUGAACAGUUACAUCUAUACGGCAUUAACCAAAAA